AUGGUGAUAUGUUCACAUUGUUCAGUGUUGUUACACAAUGGACAUAUAUUGGAGAAUGUCGAUAUCAUCAGGAAGUUGAUCGCUGAUAACAAAUAUGACAGGUUCCCAGAGCGUCUAACAACUCUAUGUCAUCAGAUGAAACAUUUGACUACUACUUAUCAAUCCUUGGACAAGACUAGCAUGGCCAUGUCUGAGCAGUUCAGAAAGAUGCAUGAGUUGCUCGUCAUUGAGGAGCACCGUAUCAAGUCGCCCAUCAUCGAGGAGAUGAAGCGAACUGUCGAUGUGAUCAAGUCAAUCAUGAAGGAGGUCGUCCAUCUCGCCAACAUACAACCGACCGAGAACCCCAGCGCAUCGCCAGAGGUGGUGGUACGUGACGUCGAGGAAGAUGACCAAGACAUCAAGGUCGUUGAAGAGGCAAACGUGGACGACAAACCAGAGGACAUGACCCUGUAUGCACAGCCAAAGCAAUCAAUUCUUGAUAUUACAGACAGUGAAUUGUUUUAUGCCAUACAGAGAUGUGAGAAACAAUCACAGACGUUGCGAUAUGCUCCCACCAAGUUGCUUCGUGUCGAGAUUGAUGAAUCCGUGACAGACCUCAUCAAGAAGAGCAUCGAUACAUGCUUCACACUCGUUGACUCCCACAAGUACCACAGCCAUUAUGUAGUCGUGGCGUCAGACACAUGCACCCUUGUCAACUUGACCAACAACACACCAGCUGCCACAUUGGUAGGAUACAAGACAAGGACAAAUGUCGUCCACUCAACAGUAUACGCCGCAACAACAUUUAUGUGUUUGGUGGCAAGGAACUCCCCAACUCAUAUGCCAGGUUCUCACUUCCAGAACAUCAAUGGUUCAAUGAUAUACCAAUGA